AUGGAAAAGCCAGGGUUGGUGGGAGCAGGGAACAACACGGCUGUCCAGGAGUUCACCCUGGAGGGCUUCCCUGCAGUCCAGCACCUGGGGAAGGUCCUCUUCCUGCUGCACCUGCUGGCCUACCUGGCCUCUGUCAUGGGAAACUUGCUCAUCAUCACAAUCACCUGGGCUGACCAGCGCCUCCACACACCUAUGUACUUCUUCCUCAGCACUUUCUCCUUCUGUGAAUGUGGUUUCAUCACCACGGUUAUUCCUAAACUCCUGACCAUCUUUCUGUCGAGGAAGCACAUGAUUUCCUUUGCUGCCUGCUUCACACAAGCAUUUGCUUUUCUUUUCCUGGGUGCAACUAUUUUUUUCCUGAUGGCUGUGCUAUCCCUGGAUCGGUACCUGGCCAUCUGCAAACCUCUGCACUACCCCACCAUCAUGAACACAAGGACAUGUGUCCUGCUGGUCACUGCCUGCUUCUCUUUGGGAUUUCUACUCAUGGCAGGUCCGGUUAUCAAGCUGUCCCAGUUGUCCUUCUGUGGCUCCAAUGUCAUCCCUCACUUCUUCUGUGAUUUUGGACCCUUGGCAAAUCUCUCAUGUUCUGAAACAAGAUCUAUUGAAACAUUGUUUUUUAUCUUUGCUUUUUUUGUCCUGUUUAGUUCCCUCUUUAUAACCAUUAUUGCCUACAGCAACAUAGUGGUCACAGUUGUGCACCUCCCAUCAACCAAGGAGCGGCAGAAAGCCUUUUCCACCUGCUCCUCUCACCUCACUGUGCUCUGUCUUAUGUACAGCAGCUGCAUCUUCAUCUACGUGAAGCCAAAGCAAACGAGCAGGCUGGACUCCAACCGAGAGGCUGCUCUGGUGAACACGGUGGUGACUCCACUCCUGAACCCUGUCAUCUACACCCUGCGGAACAAGCAGGUGCACCGGGCACUGAGGGACGCUCUGUCCAGAGUGAAGUUGCAGAAAUAG